AACUGAUAGUUUUUUUUUUAAAUUAUUAAUAUAACAAAACACAUGGAAACACAUGCAAAGUGUUUAAGUCUUCAAAGGGGGGAAAAAUCAACACUAGAUGAUAUCCCAUUUUUAAAUUUUACGGGCUCAAAAAUCUUAGAACUAUCAAAGAAACAAAACUUAUCAAAUUUUUCUUUAUCAAACUCAAAAUCAAAUAAAAAUAUUAAUUAUCAACCAUCAGAAUCAUAUAUUAAAAAAAAAGACGCUAACUCACUAAAAAAAGAACAAUUGUUUAUGUCAUCAUUACUCAAUACAGACAUAUUAUGGAAAACAACAAACAAAUCACUGGAAAAUGAUAUACAUGAUUUAUUAAAAAAAGAAAGUAAUCAAAUACCUCAAAUAUCCAUUAAAAAACAAUUCAUUAAUAACAGCAAUUAUUUUUCAAAAUUUAAUAGACAUAUUAACAUGUCUGAAGAUAUGCUUUGCAACACCUCUGAUUUAUAUGAAAAUAAAGCAUUGUUUAGUAAAUCAAAUUCAGAAAAUGAUUGCUUUAUUCCCCAUUCUAUUGAAUUACAAUCAUCACCAUCAUAUUUACAAAAGAAUAGUAUUUUAUAUUCAUAUAAAAAUGAAGGAUUGGAAAAUAUACAGGUACCUAGAUUAUGGAAUGAACUUUCAGAAUUAAAAUUUCGAGUUAAAAAACUUGAAAUUGCAAAUAAAUGGAAGAAAUCAUCCAAUUUUAACGACAUUGAAACAUCGAGUUUAAAUGAAAAUAUAUUGUUUAAUAAUUCAACUUUAAAUGAAACAGAAGUUGAGGCACCUUAUCGUAUACUCUAUGCAUCAUUAGAAAAAAUGAAAUCAAAUGGUAUAUCUAAAGAAUUAUGGGCACCAUUAGAACAAAUUAUUAACGAAAUAUUAUCAUUUAAAAAUAUAAAAAAUGAAAAAACAGAGGAAAAAGUUGAAAAUAUAUUAAGAAGUUUAACAGAAUUAUCAUUAGCAAUUUACGACUAUCAUCAAGACAUCACAGAACUUAGUUAUUCAUCAGAAAAAAAAAAACAAUUAAAUUAUUCGUUAAAAAGAUCCAACAGUGAACAUAUUAUUAGGCCACUUAAUCAAGGAUCUAGCAUUUUUAUAAAACAAUAUCAAAAAAACAUGAAACCUUUUCAAACAUCUAAAACCAUAGAAAAUGACAGAAAUUUAUUAAAUUCCCGUUCAUUUUCAAAUUUUAAUUCAUAUCUAAAAUAUCACUAUAAUAACGACAAAUACAAAGACAAUAUCUAUUCUACUCAUUCUAGACCAAAAAUAUUCAAUACUACAACUAAUUUCAAAACACCAAUUACUAAUGGAGAAAGUAUUAAUUUUAAAAAUAUAAGCACUCCAGAGGCAAUUUCGGAAUCAAGUUUUAUAAAUAAUUCUAAAUAUAGAUGAUAAAAUGAGUAUCAAAAUAAAAUAUCUACAUAUUUUUCAUAACAAU